UGCUCGUGCUCGGCGUUGUUCAGCGAGGAGACUGCGAGAGUGCGCUGCUGUCGGCGUGGGACGGGUGCAAAGCAACGCUGCUCUGGAAGGUAAACUCCACAGAUAAAGAAAUGACCAGAGUUCUGAGGUUUUUAAGCACGACAGCCAAUUGAUUGUCAGGUUAUCGUAUGACCAUUGUGAAGAGGACGCUGGAGUAUUUGGAUUUACGGUUCCCUCAACAGAAGCGCAAGUUGUUGACAGUAUUGCAGCUUAGAGAGAUGGCUUUGCGAGCGAGAGCUCUGUAUGACUUUAAUUCAGAAAACCCAGGAGAGAUAUCGAUGAAAGAGCACGAGAUUGUAACUCUAUACAGCGAGCAGGACAUUGAGGGCUGGCUGGAGGGGACGAACAGCAGAGGGGAGAGAGGGCUUCUGCCUGCGUCCUACGUCGAGUUUUUGAGAAAUGACACCGUCUCGUCUGUUAACCACAACUCUCGAUAUUCCAACAUUCCCGCUGGUGGUUUUGACUUGGAAAAUCAGACUCAAGAGAGCUACAACACUGCACCAGCCUACCCUGCACUACUUCAGGAGCAGCAGCAACAACGUCCAGGGACUCCAGCCAGUGAUGAUGAUUGGGAUGAUGACUGGGACGAUCACUCGUCUGUAGCUGAUGAACCAGGGGUUGUUGGUGGAGUGUAUAGGAAUUAUGAAGGAAACAGACCCUCUGGCUACAGCAUCUCCACCUCCUCCAUGCCUAGAGGUGCACAACAAGCCAAAAGUUCAGCCACGGUCAGCAGAAAUCUGAACAGGUUCUCCACUUUUGUGAAGUCAGGAGGUGAGGCGUUCGUGCUGGGGGAAGCGGCCGGCUUUGUAAAGGAUGGGGAUAAAAUCUGCGUGGCGAUGGGUCAGUAUGGUCCGGAGUGGCAGGAGAACCCAUACCCGUUCACUUGCACUAUUGAUGACCCUACCAAGCAGACAAAAUUCAAAGGCAUGAAAAGUUACAUUUCCUACAAGCUGACGCCGACCCACACGCAGAACCAGGUCAACAGAAGAUAUAAGCAUUUCGAUUGGCUCUACGACAGAUUGGUGGAGAAAUUUCCUGUCAUUUCAGUGCCACACAUCCCUGAAAAACAAGCCACUGGUCGCUUCGAAGAAGACUUCAUUUCGAAAAGGAGAAGAGGGCUGAUAUGGUGGAUGAAUCAUAUGACCAGCCACCCUGUACUAGCCCGGUGUGACGUUUUCCAGCACUUCCUCAUCUGCUCCAGCACCGAUGAAAAGGCUUGGAAGCAAGGGAAGAGAAAAGCCGAGAAGGACGAGAUGGUCGGUGCUAACUUCUUCCUCACCAUCAGCACUCCAGCAGCCCCUCUUGACCUGCAAGACGUCGAAAGCAGGAUUGACGGAUUCAAGGCCUUCACCAAGAAAAUGGAUGACAGUGUAAUCCAAGUCAAUGCCACACUCAACGAGUUCGCCAGGAAGCAGAUAGCUGGGUUUAAGAAAGAGUAUCAGAAAGUGGGACAGUCUUUUAAGUGUCUAAGUCAGGCGUUCGAGAUAGACCAGCAGUCGUACUCGGUCGGUUUAAACCAAGCAAUUGCAUACACAGCGGAAGCCUACGAAGCUAUUGGAGACUACUUUGUGGAGCAGCCUAAACAAGAUGUGGACCCAGUGAUGGAUUUGUUAGCCCUGUACCAAGGACACCUUGCCAACUACCCAGAUAUCAUCCAUGUACAGAAAGGUGCUCUGACGAAGGUAAAGGAGAGCAAGAAGCACAUAGAGGAAGGGAAGAUGGAGAUCCAGCAGGCAGAUGGGAUCAGGGAACGCUGCAACAUCAUCUCUUUCGCCACACUGGCUGAGAUCCAACACUUCCAUCAGACUCGAGUGCGGGACUUCAAGUCCCAGAUGCAACAUUACCUACAGCAGCAGAUCGGCUUCUUCCAGAAGGUCACAGGCAAGCUGGAGGAGGCGCUGCAGAAGUAUGACAAUGCCUAAAUGAACACAGUUC